AUGAGUUCAGAACAAGAAGUCCUAUCUGGACCACCAGCCCCGGAGCUUUUGGACGACCGAAUUUGGGUUGAUGGAUGUUGGGAUUUCUUCCAUCAUGGCCAUGCCGGUGCGAUGCUGCAGGCCCGCCAACUCGGCACGGAGCUAUAUGUCGGUGUGCACUCCGACGAGGCCAUCUUGGAAAAUAAAGGCCCGACAGUCAUGAAUCUGCGGGAACGACUAUCCGCGGUGGACGCUUGUCGCUGGGUAACUCGAUCCGUCGCACACGCACCAUAUGUCACGCAGUUGGAUUUCAUAAGUCACUUCGGCUGCAAAUAUGUGGUGCAUGGAGACGAUAUUACCUCAGAUAGCAGCGGCGAGGAUUGCUAUCGUUUUGUGAAAGCAGCAGGUCGUUUUAAGGUUGUGAAACGUACACCGAGUAUAUCGACGACUGAUCUCGUCGGUCGCAUGUUGCUAUGCACCAGAACGCACUUCAUCAAAUCGCUAGAAAAAAUGCUCUUGGGCGAAGAGGGUAGUGGUACCGAAGCUGAGAGAAAAGCGGAGGGAGAUGCUAUGCUAAAGCGUAUUAAUCAGUACGCGACUGACGAAAGUGGCAAAAACCCUGGCGCGGAUGUGUUCUUCUGGUCAGCCUCCAAGGUCUCCAAGACAGAUGCCACAGAAGAGAAAGGCUCGUUCCGCCCACUGCUUAAGGGACAGGGUCCGAAACCUGGCCAGAGAGUUGUUUACGUCGAUGGAGGCUUCGAUUUGUUUUCUAGUGGACACAUCGAAUUCCUCCGUCAAGUUUUCCUCAAAGAGGAGGAGUUGGCGAGGAAGGAAGGCUGGUAUGACCAACAGGCUGUUAAUGAGCGCCGCGGUAAGGGUGCCGAUUAUGGUCCAGUUUUCGUGGUUGCCGGAGUGCACGAUGAUGAGGUUAUCAACUCUUGGAAAGGAGUUAACUAUCCCAUCAUGAAUAUUUAUGAGCGUGGUCUCUGCGUGCUUCAGUGUCGUUAUGUCAAUGCUGUAAUAUUCGGCGCCCCCUUCUCGCCGACGAAAUCGUAUCUCACGAGUUCUCCAUGGGGUACCCCUGAUACCGUAUACCACGGUCCUACAUCGUUCAUGCCGCUUUCGUACGACCCAUACGAGGCACCGAAGGAGUUGGGCAUCUUCCAGGAGAUUCCCAGUCAUGAAUUCCAGGAUGUCAAUGCCGGUACUAUCGUGCAACGUAUCAUGAAAAGCAGGGAUCUUUAUGAAGAGAGACAGAGGAAGAAGGGUGUGAAAGCCGUCGGAGAGGCUGCACACAGACAACGAGAGAUCCUAGAGGAGGAGCAACGUCGCAAAGAGGAGAAGAUAGCAGCUGAAGCGUAA